AUGCAGCAUCUCACAGAACAGGAUACCGACUCCCAAGACGAAGACGACUGCUGGACCCCCCUCCAACGCGCCGCCCGCGAAGGCGACCUCCCCGCCGUCCACGCAGCCCUCGCGUCAGGAGCAGACAUCAACGCCCCGCCGCGGGGCUACUAUGGCCGCACAGCCCUCCAAGCGGCAUGCGAAGCCUCCCACGGCGCCGUGGUCUCGGCGCUCCUCGCAGCCGGCGCGGAAGUCAACGACACGCCCGGCAACAACAGCGCCAAGAACGCACUGCAGAUCGCGGCAGGGAAACCGGACCUGGCCAUCGUCAAACUCCUGCUAUCCCACGGCGCCGAGGUCAACGUCCCCGCAUCGCGAUACUUUGGCAUGACGGCGCUGCAGAGCGCCUGUGCCGCUGGCCUAGAUGACACCGUCGCGCUGCUGCUGGAUCACGGCGCGGACGUGAACGCGCCGCCGGCGUCGACGGCAGGUCGAACGGCGCUCCAGGCUGCGUGCGAGGGCGGGUUCGAGGAGAUUGCGGCGAUGCUGAUUCAGCAGCGGGGGGCAGAGGUGAACGCGCCGGCGUGUCGGAAUCGAGGGUUCACGGCGCUGCAGGCGGCGAGCUACGGCGGGUGGGCGGGGCUUGUCGAGCUGCUCCUUACGGCGGGGCCAGCUGCAGGCGCUGCAGGUGCGGGGGCGGAUGUCAACGCCGAAGGGAGCAGGUUCAAGGGCGGUAGGGCGCUGCAUGCUGCUGCUGAGGGGGGCCACGUGCGGGUGUGCGAGACGCUGCUGGGCGCCGGGGCCGAGAUCGAGGCUGGGGCUGGGGCUGGAUGGGGGGGGGCAUGA